GGCUAACUUCACGUCGUAAGGUAAUAAGAUAAAUAAAGACACUAAAAUAGAGAAUGUCAAAAAUCUAAGAAAGAAAAAAGAUACUAUAACAACACGUUAAAAACCCCCCAGAAGAAACUUUAUCAUAAUUACACUACAAAGUGAAUCAUAAUACAUAAACAACUUAAAAUUACCCAACAACGAAAUUGUCAAAUUAUGUUGCUAAUAAAAAACGAUUAUUUGAUUAAUUCAACAACGAGAAUAUUAAUCAUCUGAAUAGAUCAAGUCUUGAAGAGUGAAUAAAAUUUUUGUGAUGAUCAUGGAAGUUAAAGUGGAUUCGAAGAUAUGUGGUGUAUGCGGUGAUAAAGCUUUAGGUUAUAAUUUUAAUGCGAUUACUUGUGAAAGUUGUAAAGCGUUUUUUAGAAGGAAUGCUUUGGCUAAUAAAGAUUUGAGGUGCCCGUUUAAUCAACAAUGUGAAAUUAACACAGUAACCAGAAGAUUUUGUCAACGAUGUCGAUUAGAAAAAUGUUUUACAAUUGGAAUGAGAAAAGAUUAUAUAAUGUCCGAGCAAGAAAAAGUGUUAAAGCGUCAAAAAAUCCAAGAAAACAAAGCAAAAAAGCGAUCAAAUCCUUCCAAUGGGUUUAAACAGGGGUUUAAAAAGAUUAAACGGGAAGGAUCUACUGAUGAUGAUUCACAAGAAUAUGAUACAACAUCCGAUUAUGGUGAUAUUUAUAGCCCCAAUGAUACAAAUAAUUUAAUUUCAAUCGAUAAAAUUGAUUCAAAUACGGAUAAUAUUUCUAAUAAUACAUCGAUUAUUGAUGAAUCUAUGAUAAGGCACAUGUUAAACCCAACCCCAAAUAGUAGUUUAAGUCCUGAUGAGUCUUUAAGCCCUGUUAAUAACAAUGAAACUAAUUGUAACAAUAACUCAAAAAAUGUACAAAAAGAUGAUGGUCGAACACCUAAAGAUAUUUUAGAAGAUGUACAAAGUAUUCCUAUAGAAGCUAAUUCUAUUGAAUCAAUACUUUGUGAAGCUAUUAAACUAGAAUAUGAAGCUUAUUCUUCUAUAGCACAGUAUCAAGGAAAUUCUAGGGAGCUUAAUGAUGCUGAAAGAGCCAAGCUAAACGAACUUAUUGUUGCUAAUAAAGCUUUAUUAACACCUGUUGAUGAUGAUAUCUCUACUUUAAUUGCUGAAGAAUGUAGAUUUAAAGGUCGUCCAGAUGCAAUAUUGGCGAAUCCCGCAUUAGUAGAUAUAAUAAAUUUAACAGCAGUAGCAAUUCGUCGAUUAAUAAAAAUGGCAAAGAAAAUAAAUGCCUUUAAAAAUAUGUGCCAAGAAGAUCAAGUGGCUUUAUUAAAAGCCGGAUGUACUGAAAUGUUAAUGUUGAGGAGUUUGAUGAUUUACGACGAUACAAAACAAACUUGGAGGAUACCUCACCGAAAGGAAUAUUUAAGUAGUUUGAAAGCGGAUGUUUUAAAAGAGGUUAAGGGGAAUUUUUUUAAAGAACACGAAAGGUUCAUACAAACUUUCGAUCCGAAGUGGAGAUCGGACGAGAAUAUCGUUCUUAUUUUGUGCGCUAUUGCGUUAUUUACUCCAGAUAGGCCAGGUGUAAUUCAUCAGGAUGUGAUAAAAUUGGAACAGAAUUCCUAUUAUUACCUUUUAAGAAGAUAUCUAGAAAGUACAUUUCCGGGUUGUGAAGCAAAAUCGACGUUUUUGAAACUAAUACAAAAAAUAUCUGAACUUCAUAAAUUAAAUGAAGAGGUUGUUAGUUGUUAUUUAAAUGUAAAUCCUUCUGAAGUUGAACCGUUGCUCAUUGAAAUAUUUGAUUUAAAACAUUAAAAAUGAAGGCAAAAAUUAAAUUCGAUUAAAACCUAUGCCAAUUUCUUGUUGUUAAUUUUAAUUACGGUGCAAUUUUAUUAAUUCUUGGCCAAUUUUAAGAUAAUUUUUUAUGUAAAUACAUUUUAGUUCUUCCUAUUUACUAUUAUGAAUAUUAAAAAAGUAUUUUUCGUAAAUAAAUAUGUAUAUUUUAUGUUUCAAA